CUCCCUCCUCCACCCCCUGCACUGCUCUGGACACACACCCUGAUAUAGAAUGACAGCACACUGCCACAAUUUAAACAACGCUGCCUCUGCCUCUUCGGAAGGACAGGUACUCCAGAGAGCACCAGCCACAGCAGUUGUCCACCCUUGCAAAAAACAUCUUCAUCAUGGCAUAUAAAGCAGCGCAUUUAGCUUUUAAGUCGCGCUGGCAUAAGACAGACGAAGAACUCUGUCGGCACAGUAUGUCCUUUGUCUUGCAUAAAGCAAUCCAAAAUGACUUCUUUCAGAGUUACCUUUAUCUGCUGGAAAAGCUUCCUCUGGUGAAACUUUACGCUUUGACAAGUCAAGUUAUCAAUGGGGAGAUGCAGUUCUAUGCCAGGGCCAAACACUUCUACCAGGAGGUGCCAGCCACAGAAGAGGGCAUGAUGGGAGACUACAUUGAGCUCUCCAAUACAGACAUUGAAUCUUCCAAGGAGUUUCUCAGGAAGUUUGUUGGGGGGGUGGGGAAAGCUGGCACCAACCGCGCCCUGGAUUGUGGCUCUGGAAUAGGUCGUAUCAGCAAGCAUGUCCUGUUACCAGUUUUUAAGAGUGUGGAAUUGGUGGAUAUGAUGGAGAAUUUUCUGGCUGAGGUCCCGAACUACUUGCAGGGCAAGGAGGACAGAGUAGAGAUGUAUUACUGCAAAAGCCUCCAGGAAUUCACUCCAGCCCCACAAAGAUAUGAUGUCAUCUGGAUUCAGUGGGUUUCAGGAUAUCUGACAGAUAAAGAUCUCCUGGAGUUUCUUAUCCGGUGCCAGAAUGGCUUGAAGGAUAAUGGUGUUAUCAUUCUCAAGGACAAUGUAGCCAGGGAGGGCUGUAUCCUGGACUGUCUGGAUAGUAGUGUGAUCCGAGACCUGAACAUCCUCCACAGCCUCAUUGAAAUGAGUGGACUCACCAUCCUGCAAGAGGAGAGGCAGGAGGGAUUCCCUGAGCAGUGUGUCCCUGUCUGGAUGCUGGCCAUGCAGAAAGGCCCUGGCCAUUCCUGAUUGCAUAGUGAGACUGCAGAGACUGGACUAUGGAUGAACCACAGGACUGGGAAGGAGAAAAGCAUCUACUAGAAACCACCUAACCACGCAUUGCUACUACUACAACUCUAUAGCAGCAACUCUUAAAGGGUCAGGAGAGAAUUACAAUUGAGCCAGCUUCUCCAGCAAAUAGUCUACUUCAAAAUCCUGUCUCCUUCAUCAUUCUCUCCAUUUUUAAAAGCCUUUCUAAGAGCUUCUUGUCAGAUCUCUCUUUCAUUAAUAAGUUAAUACUGGACAAAACAAAUUGAAAAGAAUUAGGUCUGAAGUCUCUGUAGUGGCUAAUGCCUUUUGGAGUGUUCUGUAUGAGGUGUUAACAAAUGAGCCUGAUUUUUACUGUGGCAUUUUAAUCUUCUUGGAGUUUAAGAAGGAUCUAUCAGAUCACUGAAGCAAGAAAUUCAAAUACUUCUGGAAAACCUAAUCCAAAUUUUGACUGUCAUCACUAUCUCUAAAUUAUUUAGACAAAAAAUAUAAGAAAAGUUUUAUCCAUUUGUUGGCAUCAGCUAUCCAUUUGGGGGGAGUUUUGUUUGGUUGAUUUUUUGCAUUUCUGUCAGUUUGGACAAUAGGACAGCCUGGCUAAUUUUCCAUUAACCUGAUUAAUUUUCCAUUUUAGUUCCAUUUAGGAACUACUUUAUUUUCCUGAGGUUUCUGCCAUAGAACAAUAGUGGCGCAUAACAGUUUUUACACUCCAGGAUAAAACUUAGAUGACAAAUAUAUGCAUGUUUGCAUUGAAAUUUUGUGAAAAGAUUUUCCCACAAAUUACAUUCUGGAAAAUAUUUUUUCAAAAUGUUCACAGUGGAAACCACUUGAAAGCUUCUCUGUAUUAUACAUACCACUGUAAAUUUCUUGCUUUCCCACAUUCAGAACAAGUCUGGCACCAUAUGCAGCUAACGGGAUUUCAUGGGGCGUUACUAGUAAGACUGUAAGAAUAACUAAUACAGUAUUGUAUUAAUUAACAACUCUACUAAACUGCAGAGGGUGUUAGUGUAACCCAGAAACAUCUAUGAUUUAUAUUCAAACAGCAGCUCUAGAAGCCUGGAUUUGAAAAUACUAACACAAAUACUAUCUCCUUAUGGUUCACAGAAAUUACACAUUAAGCUUCUCAUCCUUCUCAUAGAGGCACAGAAAGUGCUGUGGGAGGGCAGAAGUUCAUCUUGCAAAUAAAAUCGGAAUUUGAAAUUCUGCUUCAUUCUGAGUGGGGACAAGAAGGGAGAAUUUUGAAGGAAAACCACACAACCGCAGACUUUUCCAUUCAGACAAAAUCAAAUGUUUAUCUUGAAUUGGGCUUUUAAAAUAAUUUGCACUUUAAAUGUCAUUAAAUGCAGUAAAAAACAAAUUAAAUAUGGCUUGUUCAAAAUUCUGGAAAUUGAAUUAUGACAUUAGAAUAGACUUUUUUGACUCUGUCAGAAUUUUUAUCAUGUUUUAUUCUCCUGAAAUGCUAUUCUGGCAAAACUAACCAGCCUUUAUGUGUUGCAUUAUGACAAACCUCCACGUUCUGAUGGAAAGGGGUUCUAUAAAACAUCCUCCACAUGACUGUAGGCACAGUUGUCUGUCUUAAAUAUUGUCAUCUGUGUUAGAUUAAUUCACGUAGAAGCUUGAAGAUAACGAGAUCAAGGAACCUCUCAGCUGGAUUUUAGAACACUCUGCCAUCCUUUGAUAACAAAUCUCCAGUUUUGGUUUUAAUUGCAUAACUCUUCUUCUCUAGCAGUAUGGUUGCAUAUGUUGAGAAUUUCCAGUUUAUGGCAGAGGGCUUCCUGCCAUCAAAUCUUAUCCAGUGAUUGUCCUCUUAAUGUGGCAUCACUAAUUGUAGCAUUAAGGAAGACAACCCUAGUGAUUUGGUGAAUAUUCUGGUGUGUCAUAUAACCAUGAAACCUAUAGUUCCCAUGACACAGAUGUGUCUGGAAUGUUUUGUCUAAUCUUUCCAUUCUAAUCAACUGGUAAUGGAUGUAAAUUUAGUAUUUAACAUUGAUAAAAACCUUAGGUGAACACUUACAUUCUGGAAUUGUCCCCAGAACUAAGUACUUCAAAUUCCCUUUAAGCUACUGUAAUACUUCUAUUCUGCUGAGGCUGCUAAAAUCUGGUGUGGUCUUUGUGUACAUAUGAGUAUGUGCAGAUAUUUGAAGGAAAUCCAGUCAUUUGGUUUACAGGAAAGAGGAAUCAGUCCUAUAGUUAGUAACGCUGGUUAGCAAUAGCAGGAGAAUAUUUAAAAGGCCUUUACAUGGAUUACAAAUUAAUUUGCCCUUAAUAAUUUUUUCUUGCAGCCACAGUCAUCUGUCAUGGUACAGAAUACUUGGGGAUUGCUGGAGAUCAUAGUACAAUAGUGCCUGUGCCAGGCAUGUCUGAAUGAUGUUGAUAACUACAAUGGUGAGAGAAUGGCAUUGUGGAAGUAGGAAGUAAACAAUUCUAUGCAAAUUUAAACAGCUGCCACAUCUCAGAGGGCAGAAUAUAUCAGAUGUUCACUUACACACCAGUGUGGGUGCCGUUCUGUAAAGAGAGAUACGGUUCCAAGAUGAAUAUAGGAAUGUAAAAGGGUUUAGGAUGAAACGUAGAAUAUAAAUGACUGGUACUGUUAUCAGUGAAAUACAAUUUUCAAGGCAAAAAUGGUCUUCCUGUGUUUUGUACAUCUUUCCUAUGCGUAUUUCCAAAAUACAUAUAUUUAAGCAUAUAAUGAAAAUUGGUUCCCUUAACUGUGUGAGAACAGAGACAAAUAAAGUGGCAAUUUACUAGAAAAACACAUAUUUCAUGGUUCCCACAUUCCUGGAAAUUAAUGUUUCAUGGCUAUGUUGCUUCCACAGUAAAAUAUUAAAGCUUUUCUGGUGACAUGAUGAACCUCAAAAGUAAAGACACACCAGCCCUCCGGGGCUUACAUGCAUGAGAUUGCUGCAAACUGAAUAAUAUUUUGUUUCCCACUUUUCCAAGAUACAUUUUUCAUUGAAGAACUCCUAGUCAACCAGUGUAGGCCACCCUUAGAUGUUGGGUAAGUGUCAUGCUUGGCUUAAAAAAUCAGGGCUUUCUGGACUUUACCAUAGUACAUAAUCACAGUAAUAAUGAUAAUGUAUCACAGAUUUCAGGGAGAGGAUCUUGCUUAGAAAUCAUGUAUAUAUCAGUUGAUCUUUCAUGUUCAAAGACUGGAUAAUCAACUCAGUUGCUCUGCCUCAACUUCCAGGUUAUUUAAACUAUGCACUUAAAGAAGUCUUUAGCUGAUCAGGUUGCAGUGAGAGUUUGAAUCCCAUUUGUUUGGUGCUCAUUUAGGAUGUUCCCAAUCUCAAGUACCAGAAAUUUAAUCCAAGAUUGAGACCCUGGCUGAAGGAAGGUUCACAGAACACUUAGGGUCCUCCAAGCUCAAGUCCUCAUUCACCACUGACAGGUAAUUAGUAAAAUACGUAAUUACUCCUUCAAUCAGAAGUUUCUCCCGGGCAACCACUGCUCAAGUAAAUCCUCAGCCAAAGUGCAGAAAAGCCUGCUUCUGCACCAAAACUCUUGGUAAUGCUCAGUUUUCCUGUGUUAGGUCCAGUGCAUCUAUCCUGUUUGACUGAAGGCCUUUAUUAUAUGAAUGGGAUGUUCCUUGCAAAAGAGAUCCUCAUAUCCUGACAGUAGACCCCCAAAUGCUACUGCAACCCAAAUGAAACAUAACAAAGUGAUUAUUACAGCAGGCUGAACGGCGAUUCCAACUGUGCGUCCUGCAACCAUCAAAGUUCAUGCUGUUCGGGUUCCAAAAGCGACUCAGAUGUUACCAAUGUCCUCUCAUUCCUGAUUGGAAGUCAUCAUUUUUAGACAUAUUGCUGAACAGGUGUUCUAAAAUAUUUUGCUUCAGAAAUACCAAAUUGAUCAUAUCAAUUUUCAUUUGACUUUCUUGUUUGGAUGUUUAUAUAAUCUAGCCUAAACUGACAUUUUAUGUAAGAUGAUAAUACAUUAUAUGGUAUUGCAGUAGUUGAAGUACAACAUUUGUUUCCUACAGAAUGUGCUAAUAAAAUCAGUACCUUUGCUGCA